UGUGGUCACGUGACCGAGGCGACACGCCCAGAGGGAAUGAAGGCGGCUCAGAUGGCGCGGCCCGAAACGGCGGCAGAGUCCAAACCCGAGCGACGGCGAGACUCAGUUUUAACCCGAAGCACACCUUUUUUCCUGUCCUCUUCCAGUCAUGGCUGUGAACGUUUACUCCACAUCAGUAACAAGUGACAACCUCAGUCGCCAUGAUCUUCUGACCUGGAUUAACAGUUCCCUCCACAUGAACCAUGCCAAGAUUGAGCAGCUGUGUACAGGUGCUGCCUACUGUCAGUUCAUGGACAUGCUGUUCCCAGCAUGCGUGCCAUUGAAGAAAGUGAAAUUCCAGGCCAAACUGGAGCAUGAGUAUAUCCACAAUUUUAAAAUCCUACAAGGAAGCUUUAAAAAGCUAGGGGUUAAUAAAAUUAUCUCAGUGGACAAGCUUGUGAAAGGAAAAUUCCAGGAUAACUUUGAGUUUGUGCAGUGGUUCAAGAAAUUCUUUGAUGCAAAUUAUGAUGGAAAGGAGUAUGAUCCAGAAGCAGCUCGACAGGGCCAGGAUGUUGCUGCCUCCCAGUGUCCUGCUCCGAGCUUGACCAAUAAACCUCGGAAAGAGACACAGAUUUCAGUGAAACCUAUGGCUCCAGUGGGUAAGAUGAAAAAAUCUCCACAGAGAAUGUCUGCAGCUUCUCCCAAGCGAGCAACUCCUCCUGUGCAGAGAACAGAUUCAGGGGCCAAAGAGGAGGAGCUCAAGCAGAUGGUCAGUGAUCUAAAGUGCACUGUUGUUGAUUUGGAGAAGGAGCGGGACUUUUAUUUCAGCAAACUGAGAAACAUUGAGCUCAUUUGCCAGGAAAAAGAGGGAGAAGCCGAUCCCACACUGCAAAAAAUAGUUGACAUUCUAUAUGCCUCAGAUCAGGAGGGUUUUGAAAUCCCAGAAGAAGAUGCUGGUGAACCAGAAGAGUUUUAGGCAAUUGCCAGGUUAAAUGUAAAGCUCUUGUUAAAGUGUUAAAGUUUGCACAUGCACGCUACCAUCUUCCAGUUAGGUGCCUUUGCAUUUGCACUUUGAAUGUUUUAUAUUUGUAAGUGUUCUAUUUCUGUGGCUUCAAAUAUUUAUUUUUGAAUUAACAGAUGUAUGAUUUUGAUAUUAUUAAAGGUGUUUGUUGCAA